GCUGUUUCCUGUCUACAGUGUCUGUGUAAUGUAGAUAAAUGUGAGGAUUUUCUCUAAAUCCCUCUUCUGUUUGCUAAAUCUCACUGUCACUGCUAAAAUCAGAGCAGAUAGAGCCUGCGCAAUGGAAUAAAGUCCUCAAUAUUGAAAUGUGACAUUGCUCUCAACAUCUCACAUCUCUCUGGAUUUCUUUUUUCUCAUCAUUACUGCUAACAAAUUCAUUUCCAGACUUUGCACUUUUAAGAAGCAAUGGAAAAAAUCAACAGUCUUUCAACACAAUUAGUUAAGUGCUGCUUUUGUGAUUUCUUGAAGGUGAAGAUGCACACUGUGUCCUACAUUCAUUUCUUCUACCUUGGCCUGUGUUUGCUUACCUUAACCAGUUCUGCUGCUGCUGGCCCAGAAACACUCUGUGGUGCUGAGCUGGUUGAUGCUCUUCAGUUUGUGUGUGGAGACAGAGGCUUUUAUUUCAGUAAGCCUACAGGGUAUGGAUCCAGCAGUAGACGCUUACAUCACAAGGGAAUAGUGGAUGAAUGCUGCUUCCAGAGUUGUGACCUGAGGAGGCUGGAGAUGUAUUGUGCUCCAAUAAAGCCACCUAAAUCUGCACGCUCUGUACGUGCUCAGCGCCACACUGAUAUGCCAAAAGCACAAAAGGAAGUGCAUUUGAAGAAUACAAGUAGAGGGAAUACAGGAAACAGAAACUACAGAAUGUAAGAACAUACCAUCCACAAGAAUGAAGAAUGAAUGUGCCAUCUGCAGGAUACUUUGCUGUAAAUAAAUUAUUUGUUAAACAUUGGAAGACAAAAAAAAAACAAACUAUGGUUUAAUAAGCUUGAUGCAAUCUCAACCAAUGGGCAUUCUCCCAAUGAACAAUGCAACUAAACAUUCCAAUAUUAAGUCUUUAGAAAACAGAACAUUUUAACCAGCCCAGAGCUAAAAUAUUCUGUAGUUGAUAUAUUACUGUUUGUUAACCUGUUUUAAACGUCCUGCACAAAAUCUCUUAAAGUCCUGUGCCCCUCAAAAGCCUACAAAUUUAUGGGCCUUUGAUGGAUCCAAUUGCACUAAAUUAACCUAUGAA